AUGUCGUCACUCACCGACACAAUCUCUCAAUUGCUUGUAGUACAAAAAUAUUUAUAUCAAAUUGGUUGUCCAUUUUUAAUGUUUAUAGGUACUGUAAGUUGUAUAAUCAACUUAAUUGUUUUUACACAGAAGAAUCUACGACGAAGUCCAUGUACAAUCUAUUUUAUUGCAUACAAUAUUAUGAAUUUUCUUUAUAUUUAUACAGCAUUACUGACUUUGGUAGUAACUGCAGGAUAUAGAAUUGAUCUUACUAUGUACAAUUUGGCUAUUUGUCGUUUACGUCUUUAUGUAACUAUUUUAUUCAAUUGUUUAAGUCCAUUUUAUUUAGUUUUAGCUUCGAUUGAUCGAGUUUUCAUUACAUCACCAAAUGCUCAUACACGGCAACGAAGCACACAUCGUUUUGCUUAUAUGUGUAUUGGUAUUGGAACAUUAUUUUGGUCAUUAUUUCAUACUCAUUUAUUGAUUACUUCAACUAUUGUACAAAUUGCUCCUAAUACUUUCCUUUGUACUCUUCAACCUGGUUUUGAGACUACAUUUGGAGGUUAUUAUUCUCUUCUCGAACAAAUUUUAUCGUUUUCAUCACUGAUUAUACUUGGAUUAUGGUCAAUAAAGAAUAUUCGAAAUAGUGCUCGUCGUAUUACAGAUAUUCCUCAUUUAUCUAUGACUGGAAGAACUCUAGAAAAUCGUGCUCAUUCUACUUCUGCAAAAGAUCGUCAACUUAUCUUUAUGUUACUUAUGGAUGUCAUUAUUUAUGCUUUAUUUAGUUUUGUAUUUGCAAUCUUUCUUAUGUAUCAACAAAUCACACAAUAUCACAUAAAAAGUAAUCAACAAGUACAAAUUGAAAAUAUUAUUAGAUAUCUAUGUUUAUUUAUUACUGGUAUUCCAUUCUGUAUUAGUUGUUAUGCAAAUUUAAUUGUAUCAAAAACUUUUCGAAAUGAAGUUAAGAAAGUUAUUUUUCGACAAUAA